CCUUGCCGCCCAUUCGAUUCGAAACACCGGCACCCAUUGCCAUUCCGCGCCCUGCAAGGCUCAUUGGUUCAUGCAACGACCUCGUUGCUUCAUUGCUGGCAGUGACUUGGACACGCCUCUUGGCCCCUGCAACCUUCUUCCGGAAGAAUAUCCAGCUUAGCAUCGCCUCGUUGUCUCUGAUCCAACCAGUCAGGUUUGGUCGAUUGGCGUGCGAAGUCCGGCCAGCUCGCGUCCCGCCCUUCCCACUGGCCCCGGGGAAUACCUCAGCAGAAAAACCGGAAAUUAUGCUGGAGUAUCGACAGUCAUGUCGCGCCUCUCUCCUCAAGACCGCCUAGACGAGCCUUGGGACAGUUCUGCUGUCAAUGCCUACUUCGAAGGCGAAACCCCGGACUUUGAACACGUCACUGGCGUGUUCGGUAUUGACAGGAACAGCUCGAACUUCACAGAUCCCCACGACUUUUAUCGCCUCCCAACAUCUGCCUCCCGUUCGAAUGACCUAGUCGUAGACAACAGCAUGACAUCUGCUGCUAGGCAACGUCCAUCACAGCCAAAUGGCACCAGAACAAUUCCAAGACCAGGAUUCCGCUCAGCUUCGGGCCCCGCAAGCUCAACACCUACAUUCAAGUCGACGACCACAUUGCCAUCCACUAAUCGUCAACAGGUUCGGAACCUUGUUGACAGAUUCAAUCAACCGACAGUAUCGAGUACUGCGCACUCUACGAAAAGAUAUUAUCGUCCUGCGCGUGCCUCACUCGGCUCAAAGCCUCCAGCUUUAUCAACCCCCUCGAAAUCGACCUCCAAUCCUACAAGCCCCGUGAGCCUUUCUCAAAACGAUGGCGAGCCGAACAAACUCUUCAAACCUAAACAUAAAGGCCAGUACCCUCCCGCAAUGGGUCCUUCGGUCACAAUAGGUGGUCUUUCAGGCGCAAAGGAUCAAGAUCUGGCAGCGACUGUGCUACGCUCACCACAUCGACAAGUGCAUCAGCAUCCCGUCAGACCCUCACGACCUGCGUUAUUUGGCGAAAUAGCAUUGAGUCCAGAUGGUAUGGUCGAUUUAUCGAGGGCUCCUACUCAUCCAGGAGAGCAGCAGACUUGGACAGACGGAAGCAUGCAUCGACCAAAUGCCAUGUUUCCUCGAGGGGGCCAUAGCCGAACGCGAUCCUACCAAGACGCGUCGCCAAUAACAGAUCUUCAUGACUUCCACGCAAGUGGAUCCGGAUUUGCUGCACAUCGGAAGUCGCGAAGUGAAGCAUACAACUUCACACAACAACCAUAUGUCGCGUCAACGGAUGUGUCCCCGAAUCGAAGUAGAUCCCCUCGUUCAAGAAUCCCUGUCCGUUCAAAGAGGACAAGUGGACAUUCUGAGUCCGGCUCAUCGACUUCUUCACGAACAGGGUCGAUUGUCAGCGAGUCACGUUACACAUCUGCUUCACCUCCCAAGGACUCGCGUCUCCCGACUGGCCCACAGUCGAGAGCACAGGCAGCAAAAUGCAAUGGUAGACCCAAGACACCGCCCACGAUAUUAAUGGCCAAACGCUAUGAAGGAACACCUGUGUCUUCUCCCAACGGCAGCAGCUUGAAAGCUGUCAUACAUCCUUCUUUGCCGAAAUUGUCACCACCGCUCCGUACCUCUCGAAGUCGACAGCCAUUACCGACAGUAGCCUCCACGAAUCGACCCAAAGAACCAAAGAGCCCAGUGCACGCAAAGAAGGGCAGCACUGGUUUAGGAGGCGCGAAUUUCGCAGCACGUCGAAGCCUGUUUGAGAGCUCAUCACAGGAAAGCCUGAAAAAACGAUCAAUACCAUUGAGGAAGAAAAAGAGUGGUCUUAGUAGUGCACAACAGAGUCCGACUAUAGAGGUGACGCCAGAGACGGUCAAAGCUCCUGCUCGGACUGAGCCGGCGGUGUCCUCUGUGGGGAUUGAUCUCAAAGUCGAGACAAUCCACCUCCCCGUAGCAGCCAACAACACAGAGCCAUCAUCAGGUAAUACCAAUUUCGAAGCCGAUGAGUCUCCAGUAUUAGGCAUGCCAGGACAGUUUCCCAGCAACUCACCAUAUAUGGACUCGGAGGCUGUGACUGAUGAAUACGACCCAGCCAUUCCGCGAGCUGAAGGUGAGGACACGGAGGCAUCCAGAUCUAACCAGGGAUAUCCGGCUCUCCAAACACCAGGUCGGAGCUCAGGUCCAGAACUUGACUACGUCUUCGGUGAUGAUAUCGAUACCCAAGACGAUUUUUCGACUGGGCUAGAUGGCGCCUCAGACGGAUCCAGAAUUUCCCAGUAUCGCAAUGAUGCUAGCAACCCACCUAGUGCUGGUACUGGUAGUCACCGAAACACAACCUACUCGCAUAACACCAGUGAGGAUGAUCUGGAAUCCAUAUAUGUGCAAUUAGCAGAGACACCAGGUCCAGAAAGCAUUCGCAAUCAACAUUGGUCGGAAAACUAUUCCAGAGCUGGUCCGUCUGAUCAACCAUUGGCGAUAAGACCACUUCGACCUUCUGUGAGGCUACCGCAUGAUAGUUCCACUACCGAUCGACCAUAUCUGCUGCAUGGGUCUAGUGAGGACCCUUCUCCAUCGAGUGCUGGAGCAACUUUCUUUCAGGAGGAUGAUUCACCCAUAGAUGCCUCAAGACCACAACAUAGCGAAACUGGUCAUCUCGCGGGAGAGUUCAAGUCGGUCCGUCUAUCCACAGGCGUAACGAUUAGUGCCGAGGCGUAUAAAAGUCUCCAGGCUCUCCUUGACUUCUAUGAGGUGAAUGAUGUAACUGAAGACGUUGCCGGAGAGGUACAAGAGCAGGUAAGGCAAUCAAUUUCGGCUGAUGUUGCUGCACAAGGAACAUGGUCCUCAAAGCCAGAGGCCAUCGCCUUUUUGCAGAGUGUAAUACGCGAUGUCGACGAGGCCGUGUGCCACGAUUCGCAGACUCUAGUGUGGUCGGAGCGAGGCAGACGUAGCCAUAAUACGACGGCCGGCGAGGAAGAGUACGAGCACGAUGGCUCCGGCGGAACUGCGAUCAUCUUGGAGCCACAGAGGUAUUCUAGAGAGGGUGUGAGCCGAGCUCCAUGGGAGCAACAGCAACGACAAGAACAACAACUUUUCGAGGAGGAAAGGCGACGCGAACGCGCUAUGGAGGAUCACGUGAUCGACUCACAGUGGAGGACUUCGCCAGAUCAUGUCUCGGCUGCACAGCUUGGCUAUGCAGCACAAUCGCGUCGAGCAAACAACCGUCAAGACUCGAAUAAUGACAACCAAUUGCCCGAGAUACCAGCCACUGGGGGAGGUCUUGGCCUCGCCAUCAAAGUCACAGCCCCUGAUGAGCCUCUGCGCGUACCAAUAAACUCACCUCCAUCGAUCCCGGGCCGACGGAUGCCUCCCGUUGUUGAUGGUGCGAUGUACUCGCCUGCUACGCCGAGCAUAUACAGCCGCGAAUCUCAAGCUGCAAAUUUCUCCGUGAUAGCAAUGGAUCCUGGACAUGCUCUCGGCCAAGGUUCUAAACAAGACUUAUCCAUACCGGGUGAUUAUGCUCUGCCUAGUGAGGGGGAGGCGCCAUCGCCAUCUAAGUCACCCUCAAAAUCGUUUCGAUCGGCCGCAUCUGACAGACCGUCAACGUCCAGCGAAGAAAAGCGCUCGCCGGCCUACUACACGCCGGUUGUCACCAUUGAUAAAGAGACCCCAGAAGGCAAACGGCUCCUUAAGAGGCGCAACCUAAUGCGCGAACUUUACGACACAGAAGACAGCUACCACCAAGAUCUUGUCAUCAUGGUUGAGAUCUAUAGAGACAGCGCCGAGAUGGUCAUGACGGCGGAGGACAAAAAGGCCUUGUUCGCAAAUUGUGAAUAUGUGCGCAGAUUCUCUGCCGACAUGAAAGACGCCAUCAAGAGAGCCAUUGAACCUGUGUACGUCCCCAAGGCCAGUAACAAGAUAUGGGGUCAGAACGAAAACGACAUUGCGGAAGGAAACCCGGAAGUGAUGCAUCUGGACCCAGAACGCGAUCGCAAGACAAGAGUUGGCCACUUCAUGGAUCGAUCCUUGAAUCAAAUGGAGUCUGUAUAUGGUGAAUACAUAAAGAAUCAUGGAAGAGCCAACGAGCGUUUGCUUCAACUAACAACAGGCAAAGAAUCCGGACCGAAGAUGAAAACAUGGAUGGAUGUCUGCAUUGAACAGUCAAACGACCUAACACGCGCUUGGAACCUGGACGCCUUACUAGUCAAGCCGACACAGCGCAUUUUGAAAUACCCACUUAUACUUGCAGGGCUCGUGGAAUGCACAAAUCCGGAUCACCCUGACUAUGACAAGCUCAAACAAGUCCAGAAGCAAAUCAUUGAAAUUUCGACCCGCAUCAAUGAGAACACUAAACGUGAAGAGUUGAUGACCCAGGUCAAUCUGAAAUAUCAAAAAGCGCGCGACAAGCCGAAUAUGUCUACCGCCUUUGGACGAGCACUCGGCCGCCGCAAAGAGGUCCUUAGAGACCAAGUCGGCCUUGGAACUACCGUUGACGAUCCUGUAUAUGACGGCAUCGCACAAAAAUUCGGUGGCCAUUUCUUCCAACUUCAGAUUGUCAUGAGGGAUGUUGAAAAGCAUAUGGCAGAAUUACAGACGUAUAUGGAUACCGCCUGUGCCUUUGUCAAUACUGUCACCGAUUGGGCCGCUGUUGGCCACCUAGGAGAUGUGCCCAGAGUCACUCAUCCGGAGCUAGAGAGCAAAUGGCGCAAGUAUGCACAGGUUUACAAAGAGAUCGCCCUUGUUGCAUUACCUGAACAUAAAGCUGUUGUCCAAAAGUCUGUCAUCAAGCCUAUCCAACAAUUGUGGAAGCUGCACGACAACCCUCAGGUUAUGAUGUACAGGCGGAAAAAGAAGAUGGGAGACUACUUACGUUACAAAGCUUUGAAAGAUAAGGGAGAAAAAAUGGACAAGAAGACGAUCGAAUCGGGGGAGCAAUGGCUAGCUUUAAGCGACACUCUUAAGCUCGAACUUCCCAAGCUCUACAAUCUCACCAAGAAACUCAUCGAAAGCGUUCUCAAAAAUUUGAUUGAUAUACAGAUCACCUGGCAGGUCAUCUGGCACAAGAAGCUUAAGACUGCGAUCUACGAUGUUCGACCCACGGGUGACUUCAACCAAGACCUGAUAAAUCUAGAAAAAGAAUUCAAGACCGACUACAAUCUUAUGCCAAGCGAGGCCAACAAGCUUGCCAUAUGCAACCGAACCCUCGUCAACGAGAUACCUAAUUAUCUGUCACCCAUUCCAGGCAUCACGACGGACGACUUUGAUACUGGACGUCGCACUGGAAGCCGCACUCAAUCAAUGAGCAGUGACAAGUCUGUCAACUCCAUUAUAUGGUCUCCACCCAUCGUUCCUGGUACGCAGCCUCACCAUACUUCACAGGCUGCGAAUGAUCGCGUGGCUGCCCACAGUGGGCGCUAUCAGCCAUCUUCGUCUGCUACACAACUUCCCCACUAUCCUCCCCAGCUUGAUGGCUCCGGUGAGUUAUCUGCUCGCGCAAGGUAUCGAUCUAGUACUGGACAAUCAAGUGGUUCCAACACACCACGUCUAUCUCUCAUGGAAGCUACAAUCUUCCCGUCGUCUCGCCCGUCGACCUCCACGGCUCGCUCCGAUCCUUCUUUGCUCCUACAAGGACGCCAAAGUCUCGAGACCGGCGACUACCGCCCACCGACUGGCUCUACUUAUGACACUGCCAAUCGAUCCUCGAACGGCCGGUCCUCUUCUAUAUUCUCCUCUGCCAUGCCCAUGUCAGAUUCGCCCGCCCUCACUCGUGCUGAUAGCCCAGAUAGCUCCGAUUCCAAAGAUCCGGAUGUUCUCUUCCUCGCUGCCAGCCUGUUUGAGUUUAAUAUUGCACAUGAUCGUCGCGAAGGAGGCUAUCCUUACCUGGUCUAUGUCCCUGGGGAGGUCUUUGAUGUUCUUGGUACCAAAGGUGAACUUUGGCUUGCCCGUAACCAGGACGAUGCAAGCAAGAAGAUUGGCUGGAUCUGGGAAAAACAUUUUGCUCGAAUUUUGCCUGAAACUAUCUAGGCAACUCUGGAUAAAGUGCGCUCGAUUCUACACCGAGAUAUCCGCCGCCACUGCUACGAAUUUCAUUCACUGUUUCUACUCGAUUAUUGCGCCGAUACCACCGCCACGACUAUUCCACGACCGUCCCGAACUUGUGUAAUUGCCUCAUCAUGAUCACGUUUACGGAGUUGGUGUCCAGAGUUGGGGAAUAC